AUGCCAGUGGGUUUUCUUUCCUUGCAAUGUCCUUGUGUUUUGAUAUCCCUCCUCCUCGCGCUUUGUCUCCCUCCCGCACAUUCAUUCUUGAACACACCUCUUAAGCUUGCCAGAGCCACUUCAAGUCUAUCGACCUGCCGCCCUCACUCAUCGGCUCGUUCCCAUCGCAUGUCGCUCUCUCCUCCUUCAUCAAAAAGCUGGCAAGAGCCUUUUCCAGACGGGAAGUAUGACCCAAACAAGGCUGCCUCGUACUUUCAAAUGAGGUUUCCUUUGGCCGUCAAGAGGCUGAUCGAGAUCAUCUCUGUCUCGGCGGGGUUCUUGUUUCGACUCUACCUGGACGAGAGGCUCGGCCGAGCAGAGGAGGAGGAGAGAGCAAGAUCCAAGGAGCUGGUGGCGCUGGUAGCACGGCUGGGGCCGACCUUCAUCAAGAUAGGACAGUCGUUGUCGGUGCGGAGCGAUAUCCUCCCGCCAUGCUACGUGCAGGAGCUUCAGAGCCUUCAAGACCGCGUCCCUCCAUUCCCUUCCUCACGCGCGAUCGAUCUCCUCGAGGAGGCGUGGGGAGAUAGCGGCGGAGUGAAAGGAGUACUGAGCUACAUCUCGCCGGAGCCCGUGGCUGCGGCCUCCCUCGGCCAGGUGUACAAGGGGAGGCUCAAGGACGGGAGGGAGGUGGCGAUCAAGAUCCAACGACCCAACUCGCUAGAGCAGAUCGCAUGCGACUUGUACCUGCUGCGGCUGGCCUCCCCGCUGAUCGCCAAGUUCGAGCUGUUCUCGGGGGUGAGCAGCGUGGAAGACAUCAUCGACGAGUGGGGGUUGGGGUUUGUGAACGAGCUGGACUACCAGCUGGAGGCUGAAAGCUCCAAGAGGUUCAUCCAGUCCAUGAGGGACUGCGGUCUGACCAAUGUCAUGGCGCCGGAGGUGGUGGAGGAGCUCUCGACCAGGAACAUACUGAUCACUGAGUGGGUCAAUGGCCAACGGCUGGACAGGGCGCAGGGAGGAGACAUCGGAAAGCUCUGUGCCCUUGCCCUCAACGCCUACCUGACCAUGAUGCUGGACACGGGGCUCCUGCAUUGCGACCCUCACCCCGGGAACCUCCUGAGGACCGACGGGGGCAAGCUCUGCAUCCUCGACUGGGGGCUGGUGACAGUGGUAGAGGAGGACUUGCAGUACUCCCUCGUGGACUACAUCGCACACCUGACGACGGGGGACACAGCUGCGAUCCCCAGAGACCUCGAGGCCCUUGGGUUCGUCCAGAGGGGGAGGGAAGCGGACGUGCGGGAGGCAGGCAUCGUGGAGCUGCUCACAGGGGUCCAAGAGGAGCUCGCAGACGGCAACGCGCUGAAGAAGAUCGACGUGCCGAGGGUGAUCGAGAAGCUCGUGGCGAUGACGAGGAAAUAUGGGAACCUCUUUCAGAUCCCUCCAUACUUCGCGUACAUCAUUCGAGCUUUCACUGUGCUUGAGGGCAUCGGCAUGAUCGCCGACGACAACUAUUCCAUCCUCCAGGAGUGCUACCCCUACCUCGCUCGCCGCCUCGUCACCGACUCUUCCCCAAGGACCAGGGUCGCCCUCAAGGAGAUGCUCUACGGCUCUGCCUCUGCCUCCUCCCUCAACGUGUCGAGGCUCGUCAACCUGGCCGGCGGCAUGCAGAAGUUUGCUUCCUCCACCCGAGAGGACGGAUCCGCAGCUGUUGACGAGGCCCUCGCCAUCCUGCUCUCCAAGGAGGGCAACUACCUGCAAGAGCUUCUCCUAGAGGAGCUGGCGAGGCUGCUGGAGGCCCUCGGACGUCAGACGGUCUCCCAGAUAUUUCGAACUCCUGCUGGAAGACUCGCCACGUCCACCCUCAAGCGGCAGCAGAGCAUCGCUGAGCGGAUCGGCCCUGCUGCUGUCUUCCUCCCCUUCGCCCUUCCUGCCCGCCUCUUCUCCACUGUCGAGCCCUACCUGGAGGUGAAGGAGGAGGACGUUGAAGCGCUCAAGACCGCACGGGACUUCCUCGUCGUCGCCCGCCCCUUCCUCUCCAGCUUCCUCCGCGACGCUCUUAACAGCAACCAACGGCUCGACUCUCGGAGCCUGCGCGCACUGGCGCAGGAAGUGUUGCCAAGGAUGCAGGAGAUGGGGCCGGGAGCAAGCGCCCUCCUCGCAAGGUUGGCGGAGACGCUGCGGGAACGGGCGAAGAAGCGACUUGUGCGAGACGGCAAGGCAGUCCCGACCAGACUCGCCAGGCCCCUAGGGAGCGGGUGA